ACAUGGCUCGUAGUCGUCUCUGAUGCUUAGUUAUGCCAAAACUCGUCGAUAUAAAGUUUACGAGGGAAUGUAAGACUCUCCCUGAAGGCUUUUGGUCAGCGGUAGACGUGUGGAUUAAGAAACCUCAUGUCAUAAAUAAGCGUCUUUGCGGAGUUAAAGAGACAGAGAGCCGGGCUGUUGACAGCGAGGACCUGCGGCUGAUGCUGGAUGAUCCUGAACGUUUUCCAGAUGUGUUGUGUUUCCUGACCGGCGAGGUUUCACCUACACAGACACACGGAAAUGACAAACCGUGGUCCUCCAGUGUCAGAACAUUUAUUCCUAAAGUUAACUGUUAUGGGACAAACCUGCAGAGAGAAGUUAUACUGAAAGACUAUGCCAGACAACAAGUGACAUUCAUCCCAUUUGAAGAGGAUGCAAAAGGGAAGGUGUCUCUGAAGAAUGGCAACAUUUAUCAGAUUCAGCUCUGCAAUCAGGAUUGUGAGGAAUGGGCCUUGGAGCUGCAUGUGCUGUCGUCUGAUGCGUGGUUCUCUGAUGGUGUCGCUUACGCCAAGCUGCCCUGGCUGUCCUCUACCCUGCUGCCUAAACUGGUGCGCUGGGCCGUGGAUUGCAAGAGCAGUGAGUUCAGGAGCACCUUGUCUCUGCUGCCCGUCGAGAAGUACAGCGUUACAUACCAGCAGCUGAAGGAGAAGUACAAGGCCAUGGUCAAGGUUUGGCCUGAGGUUACAGAUCCUGAGAAGUUUGUGUAUGAGGAUGUUGCUAUUGCUACGUAUCUCCUGGUGCUGUGGGCUGAGGAGAGGUCAGAGAAGAAUCUCACUGCCAGGCAGUCCUUUGUAGACCUCGGCUGUGGAAACGGCCUCCUGGUUCACAUACUGACAAAUGAAGGGCACCCUGGAAAGGGUAUCGAUGUACGGAGGAGGAAGAUCUGGGACAUGUACGGCCCACAGACUCUGCUGGAGGAAAAGGCAAUUACUCCCAGCGAGAGCUUUUUAUUCCCGGGUACAGACUGGCUGAUUGGGAACCACUCGGACGAGCUCACACCAUGGAUCCCCGUUAUAGCAGCCAGGUCAUCUUACUCCUGCCGCUACUUUGUCCUCCCCUGCUGUUUCUUUGACUUUUACGGAAAAUACCAGAGACGCCAGUGUAAAAAGUCUCAGUAUAAAGAAUACAUCGACUUCAUCGCUGAAGUCAGCCAAGUCUGUGGCUUCAACACCGAAGAAGACUGCUUGAGAAUACCGUCCACCAAACGGGUGUGUCUGGUAGGAAAGUCGAGAAACUACGAGCUACCUGACGAGGCCGAGUCGGAGCAACGAAGAGCUAAUCUCAUCCAGAGCCGACAGAUUUGCCCCGGGGUCGCAGUUGAAAGGUCAGACGUCGGAAAUGAUGGGGACGGUUGCCAUGGGAACGCAGAGGGUGACAGCACCUGGGGAGCCGGGUUUCAGCCCCGAGAAAAGGUUCACACGGUUCGAAACUGCGCCGCUCUCCCGCGGGACUUUGUUGACAGCGUUGUCCUGCGGGUUGCUAAAGUUCUCCUGGGAAUGACUGCAGAUGACAGCAAAGGGUCCUGCAGCGGCUGGAACGAAGGAGGCAGCCUUUCCGUGAGUGAGAUCGCUGAGCUCUUGGAGCAGGAAACUUUGCAGCUCCUGAAGAAAGAGUGCGGAGGCCUUCAGACCCUCCUGAAGAACAACCACCAAGUCUUUAGAGUGGAGGGAGGGAGAGUCUACAUAAGGGACUGGCGGGACGAGAAGUCUGCCAGAGUGGACACCAAACGGAAACCCGUUGCUCCCGGCGCUCUAAAAACUCGUCUUUGCUGGUUUCACACGCACCAUCCUCAGGGCUGCCCACUGCAGACCAUAAACUGUGCCUUCGCUCAUGGACCAGAUGAGCUUAGACCUUCAACCAGACCUCCAAAGAAGAUGAGAAACAAUGACUUUUAUUAAUUCAUUUAUUCUAAUUCAUUUUUAUCUUUUUCAUUUCCUGGGUUUUUUCUUUCAUUUUUAUUUUUGGAUUAAGUAAAUGUCCACCAACUGCUGUGAAACACCUCCAGCCCUGCAGACUCAGAGGAAGAAGUUCAGGCCCAAGUAGGGUUUUAUUGGUGCAACAUUACAUCACAGUUUCACAGUGCCCUCUUUCUUCUGUGUGAAUAAAGAUUCUGGUGCAGCUUAAGGUUUCACCUUUUCUUUAGAAAGUUGGCUUUGAGAAAGUUCAGAAAUUGUUCCAGAGUGAGUUAAGUGGAUUUCAAGCUCCGUCUUUGUAUAUAUUAUCAACUCUGUGUUGGAUUUUUCUUUCCGUACAGCACUCAAGUGUUUCUCAACUUUUCCCUUCCCUCCGUAAAUGCCUUAAAAGCUUCUGUGUACAGGCA